CCGCAUUUCUUCAGAUUUUAAAAUUUCAAAAAAAAAAACUUCCCCAUCUCAUCCAGCAUUUUAAAUCAUGAACGGCCCGCGACUCACGUCACCGUCUUUGAACUGUCGCCGGAAAAUGACGUUAGCAUGUUCCGGAGAUGAUCAGUGUUCAAAGAAGAACCGAGACCUUUCACAAACCGAAGAUUGUUGUGAGCUUUUGUCGAGAAAGAAGUCGCGGAGUGUCACGUGCACGCCACAUGGAUCGACAUCAGUGAUCGGCAGAAGAAGAGAAAUGGAGGACGCAGUGACAGUGGAGCUAGGGUUUCUGAGCAGAGAUUCGAGAGAGUAUGACUUCUUUGGCGUAUACGAUGGGCACGGAGGGUCAAGAGUUGCGUAUUCUUGCCGUGAUCGAUUACACUGCUUGCUGGUGAAAGAGAUCGAAGACGAGAUUGAUGUGGAAACGAGGUCGGAGGAGGAUUGGGAGAAGGUGAUGGUGGCGUGUUUUGGGAAGAUGGAUGAGGAAGUGAAUGAUAUAACGGCAAAUAUAGGUUCGACGGCGGUGGUGGCGGUGGUGGGGGAGGAGGAGGUGGUGGUUGCCAAUUGCGGCGACUCAAGAGCUGUGCUGUCAAGACGAGGUGUCGCUGUAUCUAUGUCUAAUGAUCAUAAGCCUGACAGACCUGAUGAGUUGGAGAGAAUUGAAGGUGCUGGUGGAAGGGUUAUAGACUGGAAUGGGCCUCGAGUCUUAGGAGUUCUUUCUACUUCAAGAUCCAUAGGGGAUCACUACCUCAAACCAUUUGUAAUACCGAAACCAGAAAUCAUAGUGAGCAAAAGAACUAGUGCAGAUGAAUUUCUGAUUCUAGCUACUGAUGGCUUAUGGGAUGUUGUUUCAAAUGAGGUUGCAUGCCAGGUCGUGAGGAGAUGUCUGGAUGGCAGAAUUAAGAGGAGACUUCAAGCGACUCUAAAUGAAAGCAAAUUCAGUGAGGCUGUAAAUCAAAGCCGUGCUGCGGAGGCAGCAGCAGCAUUAAUUGAGCUGGCAAUGGCUCGGGGUAGCAAAGAUAACAUCAGUGUGGUAGUAGUGGACUUGAAUAAAACAAGAAAAUGUACAGUGCAAUAGAGUACAUAAGUAAUAUCUCCCCUCUUUACUCACCGUUUAAUUGCGUGUUUUGCUUUUUUUUAUCUAAUUUUGAGAUUGGCCUUGUGAAUUUCCAAUUUCUCAGUUUUGAGCCGUAAUGAUUACUUUGAUUGCGACAA